AUGCUGGACGAGUUCACAGACCCCGAACUGACCAGUUUGGUACUCAAGCGCGUGCCUCCCAGGUGUACAAGCACUGUGCUGUUGGACAUGCUGGAUGCCUGCGGGGGGCUUUAUGACUUUGUUCAUCUGCCUUAUGACAUCCGGCAUCAUAAGAACUUGUCUCUGGCCUUCAUUAACUUCCUGGACCACGAGGGCAGCCUUUGCAUGGCUGUCCGAGCAUUCGAACUUCCCACAGGGACUGGCUCCAUCUACGCAAGUCCAUUGGGGCCAUGUCCAUGGUUUGGGACCAAACCUGUCACAUUUUGUGGCACGAUUUGGAAUGAAUGCUUUAGACCCCCCCUAUGCCCCAUAUGUUUUCAUUGA